CCGCCAUAUUGAAAAUGUGCUUUCCUUUGCUUCGGUCUGAGAUCGUGUCAUUCGGCAAAUAGUUCGAAAAUGCCUCUUCCUCCGGCUCUUCAAGCUCGUCUUGCAAAGAGAGGGAUAAUUCAUAAAGGUAAAGUGAUCUUAAAAGGAUGUACUUGGGUUUUCGAUUUUGUUAAUGUCAAGAAAGAAGCGUGUCUAGUUUGAGAGUAAGACUUUGUUGUUGUUGUUACAAUGUAGAUAAAGAAAAAGCAGAUGAACCAAGUGGAGUCGAUGGACCCGUUAAAGGCUGUCCAAACACAUCAAACCCGUAUCACUCAUGUGUGGAAUAUUGUCGUAAGAGAUAUGGCGAAAAUGCAAUUGCUCCUCAAGUAAAGGUGAGAGCUAAACGGUUCUGCCCAGCUGGAUUAGCUACGCGCUGGAUUCAGGAAACAUUAAAGAGUUUUCAGAGUAGCUAUUGACUACCUUGUUUGAUUGGCCAGUGGAGGGUACAUAAUCCUGAAAAUAAAUGUUGUCAAUGAUGGCAACUAACACAUUAUGCAUAUUCUCCAUACUGUUCUUAAAACAUUUCCUAAGGUUCUGAGAAGGAGAAUAUGUUUAACAAUCAAUAGCUUCUUUAGUUGGUGAUCAUUUGCUUUAUUCUCAUGACCUUAAUGCAUGAUUCAUAGGUGGUACUGUGAGGAGAAAUUAGAUGUUAGUCACUCUUAAACCUUUAACUCCCAUGAGUGACCAAGACAGAAUUUCUCCUGACAAUGUCAAUACAAUGUCAAGCAGACAAGUGACGAGAACGAAGAAAAAUAUAAAUUAGGGAAUGAUAAGUUGAUACAAUCCCAAAUUCUCCAAACUAACAUCGCAAGAACUGUAUGGCAGACGGUAAGGAGAAUUACUGAUGAGAUCUCGGUUGUUAAAGAGUUAAACUGUGCUUUGUAGACACAAAUUAUUGAUUGAUCAUUAUUUCAUUGUUUUAUCAUUGUCAGGAUUACAGUAUUGUACCAUUACCUGUUGGAUGGUACUUGGUACCCGAUCCCAAUAGGUAAAGCAACUUAGCAGAUAUUUUUACUUUGAAAAAAGAAAUCAUUCCUGUUAAUGUUCUGGAUAAUAUUUUAGUUGAUUCAACCAAUACAUUACUCUUGUUUCUGAGCCCUCUAAAAAAGCAGAGUGUUGCUGUUCUGAUCCCAGUAAUACUGAUAAUAGCGAAAAAAAUAGCAUUGCUUAUGCAAGACAUUCCUUGUGCUGUGUGUAGCUAAAAAGCUGCCUUUUUGAUAUGAAGAAACAACAAGAUUACCUGCCCUGCAAUGAUUUUUUAUCCUAAAUUAAGAGGAAUAGUCUAGUCACCAGCGCUGGACAAAGAAAAAAAAUUCUGAGUCCCCAUGAGGAAUCAAACCUCAGACCUUCAUGCUUGGUACUCUCAUGCUCUACCACUGAGCCACAGAGACUCUAAGGUGAGCAAGGCCCAUUACAAAGUUCAUAUAUGACAGGCGUUCUGCAUACUGCUGGGAUCAGCAAUGUCGAUAGUGUCAUGAUUUGUUGAUGGAGUAAGAAAGAUAGUAAGUUUAAAGUAAAUUUCAUCCUUUUGAUUUACUUUUAUAGUGGAUCCAGGUACUAUUGGAACACUCUUACAAAUCAAGUAUCAUGGCUUCACCCAUUAGGUGAGAGUUUGUGUUACUUAUUAGUCUGUCAUCAUUAUGGCACAUAAUUAUACAGCUGAGGGAAAUUCUGGAGGAAAUUGGUAGUUGAUCUACUAGUGGGUAAAGGUAAAGGUAAAGGUAAAGGUAAAGGUAAAGGUAAAGGUAAAGGUAAAGGUAAAGGUAAAGGUAAAGGUAAAGGUAAAGGUAAAGUUAAAGUCUGUACUGAAGCCUAUUGACCCACCCAGUUGGAGCUUAACUUGGUUUCUAUGAAGCAGCAACUAGAAGUAUCACUACUCCCUUCUGGAUGGGAUGCCAGUCCAUUGCAAGGUUACCCCCUCCCCCAGCAUUUCAUUAGACUCCUGGAAAAUUCACCAGUACCCAUUUGCAAUCCUGGGGGGAGGGGGAGAGAGGCACUGUGAGAGUAAAGUGUUUUGCCCAAGAAUGUAACACAUUGACUUGGCCAGGUCUCAAACCUGCACCUCUCGGCCUGGAGUCCAGUGCACUGAUCAAUAGGCUACGACAUCUCUCACUGAUCUACCAUUGAGGAACAAUAUAGUAUAAUUAUAAUGAUAUCUUUUUUGAACAAACGUGUUUCUCAGAAUUUUGAAUCAAUUCAUUUGAUGAAUCUUUGUGGUCAUUGGUAUGUGUCAUAAGGAAUUUUUAAAAAUGAUUUCCUGUAGCAGAAUUUAGUACCCUCUGUUGGAGUGUAGUGCUGACAAUUUAGUCUUAAUACCUCUUUUUCAGAUCCUGAGGCGAAUGUAACUCUCCCUUCAUCUGUACUGGACAAACAAAAAGGUCAUUACUAUUUAUGUGUAUUACAUUAAGUUCGUUUUUUGUGGUUGUUUCCUUUUCUUGACAGGGAAUCAAUGUAUGUUUAUUUAAUUGCCUGAAGGUUUGAGGUCAUUUUAUAUUGUCAGUUACUCUUUUGCAAGAAAAUCACAAAAUAACUUUGUCGUGACUUCUGGCUAUUUGUUAAAGUGUACUUUCAAAUUAUGUGAAAUGAUGUUCAGUUUGUAAGCCAGGAUGCUCUUUAUGCAGCACUAGGGUAUUACUUUAAUAUGUGUUGUCUCAGUUUGUUCAAUAACUGUGCAGAAAAAAUUCCCUCUCACAUGACCCAUAUGGUAUGAAAUACUGUUUAACCCCUUAAUGGCCCCUCAGAGUAAGUGGCAUCUUAUUUCCCCUUUCAAUAUCACCCCUGAAUCAUACCUUAAGCAAGGAAACGAUCACCAACCAAAGAGACUCUUGAUUGAUAAAACAAAUUCUCCUUGUCAGCACCUUAGGAAAUAUAUAGAGAAUAGCAUGGAGAUUAUGCAUUCUGAUGUUAGGAUAUAACAGGUCAAGGCCUUCAUUAACGACCUGACUUGAUGAUAUUUUUCAGAGGCCCAAUCAGAAGUUCAAGCAAACAGAGAAAUCCUUGCCCCACCAGGGGUGGACACGGAACAAGAUAAGGAACAAGUGCUGAGUAUUGGCAAACAUCCCAGUCUUAUGAAGGUAAUAAAACAAGUAAAUAAAUACAUCCCUGUGCACAUUUUUAUUCAUAAAAAGCUUAGAAAGCUCCAUGAAAGGCCAAUUGCCAAUGAACUUUGUAGCUUCCUCUAGGUUUUGUAACAUGAAAGAAUAUUGGUACUUGCAUCUGCGUUAAGCCUUGAAUGUUGGCCCAAAUAUGAAUAUGGGAGUGUGGCUUAUUAAGAUGAUGAUGAUUGUUAUUAUUAUUAUUAUUUUUAUUAUUAUUAUUAUUAACAACUGCAUCGCUAAGUGGAGGUUGGGUGCCUGAGACAUCCAGGAGCUUCCACUAUUGGCAGCCAGUUCCUAGGUGGAGACUGCUCCCAUGACUGGCAAAUCCUGGCAACCCAGCCAUGAGCUCCCACCCAGGAGAGGGAAAUAAGCACCCAUCACAGUGGAAAAAGGGAGGGAAGGUUGGGAAAAACUGCCUGGACGAUGAGCUGCCAUUCUAAACAAUGCUGCAAGUUCACACUUAAAGCACAGGCAAGAACGCCUCAAAUGAAGAGCAGAUGGAAUUCUGAGUCAUUCCUAUAUGUGAAAACUGCUGAUUGCUAGAGUACUCUGAUGCUCUUUGUUUUUAACACUGUUAAAUUGCAUUUAUUAUUAUUAUUAUUAUUAUUAUUAUUAUUAUUAUUACUAUUGUUGUUAUUAUUAUUAUCACUUCUUUCAUAGUCAAAGCUGCAUUUCAUUUUACCUCUCCCACAUACUCAUUUUUAUUUUCAAUUGUUGUUUUAGGGUUCACAAAAACGACAAGAAGCAGCUGUAAAAAGAAAAAUUGAUAGAGGUGAUGAAUACCUUUCUGCAGCACUUUUACAAACUUGUACAGACAUUAUGAUUCCAUAAAGUUAACGGAUCAAUAUCAGUAUCUGGGCAACUGCCCACCUACCCCUCCCCUAACUCAACAUUAACCCUAACUUGUCAUCAAUUGACUGUUGUUGGGUUAGGGGAGGGGUCGGUGGGCAGUUGCCCAGAUACUGAUAUUGAUCCAAGUUAACCUACAUGUAUGGAGUGAUAGGCCUUUUUUUUUUUUCUUUUUUCAUUUGUCUUUAUUUUCCUUUUGUCAUUUUCUGUAGAUACAAAGGCUGAAAAACGUAGAAAGUCAGAAGAAGUCGACCCCAUGGACCCUGCUGCCUAUUCUGAUGCUCCAAGGUAUUUUUUUUCUCUGAAAAGCAGACUGAAUGGUGCAACUCUUACAAUAAUUAUUCCAUAGUCUCUUUUUUAACUUUUUUUUAACCCUUGAACUCCCAAGAUCUGAUUGUUAAUUCUCCCCUCUAGUUGUGACACAUUUCUGUGUAAAGUAGUUGUGAGAAUUUGGUGACAGAUCAAGAUAACUUCCAACUGAUCAAUUUGAGCAUUCUCAUUACCUGUUUGUUGGAUAAUGUAUGGAUAUUAGAGUGAGAAGUUACAUGGGAGAUGGUUCUCUGUAUUGUUUAACCUUCUAAGUCCCACCAGUGACCAAGACAGAAUUUCUCCUUACACUAUCAGUACAAUAUCAAGCAGACAAGUGAUAAGAAUAAAGAAAAAUAUCAAUUAGGGGAUUAUUGGUCAAUCCAAUUUCAAAUUCUCCAAACUAAUAUCAUAUGAAUUGUAUAGUAGACAGUAAGGAGUUUAAGGGUUUAAUCAUUAUGGUAAAUGGGGGAAGGUUAUACAAUGAUUUUAUUUAAUUGAUUAAAUAUUUACUUUUUUUUGUGGCUAUUAUACAUAAUAUGAUCUGUUGUAAGUGGCUUUCCUCUUAUUAUCCAGCUAUGUACUAGCUUAGUAACACGUUCACUUCCCACCAGUCUCCAGCUCUCAACUCCCAAAUAAUCCUUUAACUGCAAAUUAUGAUGGGUAAACUUGUACAUGCUUGAGCUGAUAUCUUAUGUCAAUUCUUACACUCUGUUCACUGGAUAAUGUAUUUGUUGUGUAAGAAGAAAGCAUGUUAUUCACCUUUGGGAGUUAAAGGUAAAAACUAAUAACUGUACAUUUUCCACAGGGGAACAUGGUCAACAGGUUUACUCAAGAAGGGAGAGGCAAAAACAGGUGUAGAUACAACUGCUAAUGGACCAUUGUUUCAAAUGCGACCAUAUCCCAGUCCUGGAGCAGUACUCAGAGCAAAUCAGCAAAUAUCACAGAAAGGUGCUGUGGAGACUGCUGAGUAAUACUCAGUUAAAGUGCUUCUUAGUUGAACAGGUUUUUUUUCAUGGGAGUUGCAUGACACAUUUUUCAUGAAGAAAACUUUGUUUUAGGACUUUCCCUAGAAGGUUAGGGCCAUGUAAAAGCACUGCUUUGUAGCUUUUAUUUGGAAAGUCAAACGCUAGGAUUUUAACUGAAGAACUGAAAGAAAGAACUACAUUGAACAGUAUUUUAAACAGUACCACAACAAAGAACUGCCUAGUAACUUUUUGAAUAAUGACACACGGAGAUUUUCACCAAAUAGCGCAGAGUCAGAAAAUUUGAGUAACCACAGGUAAACUGUGAGGGCAUGACUAAGAAAUGGGAAAAAAUGAAUCUUUAAGUCUUUCUUGUGAGUGCAAAGAAGAUGCCAUUGCACACACUGUGAAUAUUGUCAGUGUUAUUCAGUAUAUUACUAACACUUAAAAUUAUUAAAGUUAGUGAAAAAAAAUCGUUUUUCAUAAUUCUGUGGACUCUUUAUUUCAUCUGUCUGCAGAGUGCAUGCAAUAUAUCUUAUGAGAACAGUAGUUUGAAUGUGAGCAUUACUACACUCUUUCUACAUGGU